AUGGGUCUUCCUGGGAUUCAGACAUGGCCGUGGAUGCUAUGUGCCCUCCUAAGUUGGGUGCAUGUGGGUCAAGCGAGUCCAGGACCGCAUUACAUGGUAGCCAUUCCUGCAGUUCUUGAAGCUGGAGCUGACACCCAAUUCUGCGCAAGUCUCCUGCAGCCCAGUGAAACUUUGCUCAUGACCAUCACUCUGACCUCGCAAGCAGAAAACAGAACCCUGCUCACGGAGAAAGCUGACACAGAUCUUCACACCUGUGUUAAAUUUAAGGUUCCUAUGGUGCAGAAUCAAGAGGUGCGGAAUUUGGAGGUAGAGGUUCAUGGCAAGACCUUUCAUUCAAAAGAAAUCAGGAAGGUGAUGAUCAGAGCCUAUAGUCCCAUGACCUUUAUCCAGACAGAUAAACCAAUGUACCUCCCAGGACAAACAGUCCAUUUCAGAGUAGUUUCAAUGGACACCAAGUUCAGACCCGCCAAUGAGUUGUACAACGUCAUUGAAAUUGAGGACCCUUCAAGAAACCGGAUUGGACAGUGGCUGAACACUUCAUCCGAUGGUAAAAUAGUGCAGCUCUCUUAUUCCUUGAGCUCUGAUGCCCGUGAGGGAGGCUACAAAGUUAUUGUGUCAAUUGCUGAAAGGAAAAUAUAUCACACAUUCAAGGUUGAGAAAUACGUUUUGCCUAAAUUUGAUGUAAAGGUUAAGGCACCUGCAGAAAUAAGCAUUGUGCAGGAGGAAGUCGAAGCUGAAAUAUGUGGAAAGUAUACAUAUGGACAGCCUGUGUCAGCCAGUGUUCACUUUGAGGUGUGCUGGCCUCGUCAGCCUCAUCAUAGGUUAAUGGUUCCUGACAUAACUGCCCCUUGCUAUCGUGAGACUAAACAGACAGAAAAGACUGGCUGUGCUACUUUCACCUUCACAACAUCAUCUUUCACAAGAUUUGUGCAGACAGAUAAACUGUACCUUAAUGCCAAAGUGAAAGAGGAGGGGACAGGUACUAUGCGGACCCAAGGGCAAACAAUAUCACUUUCUUAUAUCGUUGGAAAACUAUCCUUUAUUGACACCCCCAAGCUAUAUAAACAAGGAUCAGUUGUGGAAGGAAAAGUUAAAGCGGUUUACUUCAAUGAAACCCCCAUUCCUGACUAUUCAGUCUACCUGUUUGAGGGUAACAGGUGGUCAGCACGUCGCUUACAAAACCUCAUGACCGACAGAAAUGGUGUUGCCUCUUUCUCACUGAACACAUCCGACUUCAGAGGGGACAUCAUACUACACGUUGAUGCCAAACCAACUAUGGAAGACCAACGAUAUCGGACUCCAUACUAUGUGUCAGGGACACACACCCUGUCAUUGGUCCAUGCCUCCACACCUGAUACUGCAUCAGUCAGCUCCCUGGAGGUGAAGAGAAACGACAAGGCACCACUUCCUUGUGACAGAAAAGAGCCAAUCUCUGUCAAGUACACUAUAGCUGGAGAGACGCAGAGCUCUGUGGAUGUGAUUUAUUUGAUCUUAUCUAGAGGUGUCAUUGUCAAGCAAGGACACGUGAAAGUCGAACUGCAAGAUGAUCCAGUGACUUCUGGUGAGGUCUCCUUUGAGGUUGAAGUGUCUCCAGACAUGGCACCACUGGUCCAGGUUGUUGCAUAUGCUGUUCUUCCCAGUGAGACUGUGAUUGCCCACAGUGCUGACUUCUCGACCGAGAAAUGCUUCAAUCACAAGGUGUCGUUGGAGUUUAAACCAUCCUCAGCUGUCCCGGGAGAGGAAAACUUCCUACAACUGUCGGCCAGUCCACACUCUCUGUGUGGCAUCAGUGCUGUCGACCAGAGCGUCCUCAUCAAGGAGUCGGGGAAGAAGCUGGAUGCAGAUAAGAUGUUUGAUUUGCUGCCUGUGAAGAAAUUGUCCCAUAUUCCAUACGAGGUUGAAGAUGCUACAUCAUGUUUGCUUGUGAGACCAAAGAGAUACGUUAUUCCAAGACCUGACAGAGACGACAAAGAUGCUUACACAGUUUUCAAGAAUUUGGGGAUGAAAAUGGCAACAAAUUUGGUUAUCAGGACACCUUCUUGCCUCAAGUAUAGGUGGAAAAUUUUUUUCUAUGACGGCAGUGCUGGUCAUUAUGGAUCUAUCGGCCCCCAAAUGAACUAUCUAAUGCCAAUGCCAAUGCCUGGAGUACCUGGACGUAUUGGGCUUGGUGGUGGAUAUUCACCUUCUCCAGCUCUUCCAGUGAUAGAAACAGUCCGCACCUUCUUCCCUGAGACUUGGAUAUGGGACCUUGUGGACGUCGGAGAGACUGGAUCCAAGGAAGUGCCCCUCACUGUCCCGGACACCAUCACCACCUGGGAGACGGAGGCUUUCUGCUUGUCCCCUCAGGGUUUUGGUCUCGCUCCUCGUAAAGAGUUCACUGUCUUCCAGCCCUUCUUCCUCGAGCUCAGCCUGCCCUACUCCAUCAUCCGGGGGGAGCACUUUGAGCUGAAGGCAACUGUCUUCAACUACCUGACCAGCUGCAUCAUGGUGACUGUGACCCCAGCCCCCUCUGUAGAAUACACCCUCACCCCCCUCUCUGGUGACAAGUAUUCAUCCUGUCUGUGUGCCAGUGAACGCAAGACCGUCAGCUGGACGAUGGCACCCAGUGUCUUGGGGGCUGUGAAUGUGUCUGUGAGUGCAGAAGCUGUGACAUCUGAUGUUUCAUGUAACAAUGAGAUUGUGACCGUACCAGAGAGAGGUCGCAUCGAUGUGGUCACACGCUCUCUCAUAGUAAAGCCUGAGGGAACUGAGGUCACAAAGGCCUACAACUGGUUGCUUUGUCCAAACGGAGAGACUUUGACAGCAGAAAAGGAUUUAGUCCUGCCUGAGAACAUCAUUCCUGAAUCUGCACAUGGUUCACUGUCAGUCUUGGGUGACAUCUUGGGCCGGGCCCUCAAUAACCUGGAUGGGCUGCUGAGGAUGCCAUACGGAUGUGGGGAGCAGAACAUGGCACUCCUGGCCCCCAAUAUUUACAUCCUCGAAUACCUGACGAACACAAAUCAAAUGACCAAAGCCAUCAAGGAAAAGGCAACUGGCUUCCUAACCAGCGGUUACCAGAGGCAGCUGAACUACAAGCAUCAGGAUGGUGCUUACAGCACAUUUGGAUCAGGAUCAGGGAACACAUGGUUGACCGCUUUUGUGCUGAAAUCUUUUGUCAAGGCAAAGACUUUUGUCUAUAUUGACCCAGAAGUAAUUGAUCACUCCAAGACUUGGUUAGAGGGUAAACAGCAAGCCAAUGGCUGUUUCCAACAGUUAGGAAAACUCUUUAACAACAGGAUGAAGGGUGGAGUGAAUGAUGAAGUGACUCUCAGUGCUUAUGUCACUGCUGCUUUGUUGGAGGCCAAUAUGUCAGUGUCUCAUGACAGGAUGAAUAGAAGCUUGACUUGCCUCAAAGAGUCCAUCAGUAGUUUGAGCAACACCUACACUAGAGCUCUGCUGGCUUACGUCUUCACCCUGGCUGGAGACAUGAAGACUCGUGCUCUCCUGCUGGAGCAGCUAGACAAGGAUGCUGUACGCCAAGGGGGUUUCAUCUUCUGGACUCAGAAGGCCACAAAGACACAGACAUCUGACUCUCUGUCUGUGGAGAUCAGCGCCUAUGUGCUGCUGGCCAAACUCAGUGCAUCCUCUACUUCUCGUGAAGAACUGGGCUCUGCCUCUGCCGUAGUCAGGUGGCUGGCCAACCAGCAGAACUCCUAUGGAGGCUUCUCCUCUACACAGGACACAGUGGUGGCUCUUCAGGCUCUGGCUCUCUACUCUAGUCAGGUGUUCACUCCAGAAGGUUCAAGCUCAGUGUUAGCCCAGUCUCCCUCUGGCCAUCUGACGUUUGAAGUGGACCCGACCAACAAACUUCUCUACCAGGAGAAGCAGCUGAAGGAUGUGGCAGGAAAGUACCAGUUUGAGGUGAAGGGAACUGCAUGUGUGGCAGUGCAGUUGGCUCUUCACUACAACAUCCCAGUUGUUACGAAUGACACCAGUUUCAGCAUCAAGAUUAAACCAGAAGCACACUGCGGCAACACAUGUCUGGCACCUAAAGUUAAUCUGAAACUGACGUCCCUAUAUAGAGGAAAAGAGUCUACAACAAACAUGGUGAUCCUGGAUAUCAAAGUACUGUCUGGAUUUGUCCCAGACCCAGAGUCUUUGAAUAGGCUCAAGCAUGCUCUCCUGGUAGAUCGUGUUGAACAAGAAAAAGACCACAUCUUGGUUUACAUCCAAGAGCUGUUGCCUAGAAUACCCAUCACCCACAACUUAGAGCUUGUGCAGGAUUUUCCAGUGCGGAACCUGAAGGCAGCGGUGGUCAAGAUCUAUGACUACUACCAGCCAAGUGACCAGGCUGAGACAGAAUACACCUACCCCUGUGCUGCAGCAUCUUGAAGAGGAACGAGAGACGUCACCGACUCCAACAAAAAUUCAGAUUAGAUCGACAUGUUAUUAACCAUGUGUGUACUUUGUUUUCCUCCACAUCCACUUUUGUGUUUUAAUUUGAGCGCAUAUAU